AUGAAGCACUUUCUCAGCCCUCUAGCAGCUUUAGCUGUAUUUCCUUUCCCGAUCUCUGUCAUGGCACGCACCUGUCCCCCCCUCGGUCAAGUUCUUCCGCCACCAACAGCUCCAAGUGAUGACCCAAAUGUCCAAAAGGCCGCUAAGAAGUUGGGCGCAACACUCGAUACCUAUUUCACCUCAAACCUCAAGUCCAGCGGUGUGUCCAUCAUUGUCAAGUCUGUUCAUGAAGACCAGCCACUCUUCACUCAUCACUAUACGCCGCCCAAUCUUUCCGGCAUUGGAAGCAAGAACAUCAAUGAGAGGACGAUUUUCAGGGUUGGCAGUUUAUCCAAGCUUUUCCCAGCAUUGGCUGCCCUGCAGAUUGAUGAAAUUCGCAUGGAUGAUUCCGUCUUGGCGUAUAUUCCGGAGCUGCAAGAUGCUGUCCUAACUAAUUCCGUGGAGUCAAUAACUUGGGAUGAAGUUACUGUGGACUCGUUGAUGACACACUUGUCUGGUCUCCCAACUGAUACGGCCAUGGAUUUAGGCAUCUUCCCCGUUGGGUUAUGGCAACAGAUCGGCUUACCGCCUAUACCUCAAGGUACUGGGCCGAGCUGCUCUGGGCUACCCGGCACUGCUCCCUGCAAGAAAGCGGAUCUUAUCAAUGACCUGAAGUUGAGAGAACCUAUAUACCAGCCCUACACAAGCCCUUCAUAUUCCAAUGUUGGCUUUGCCAUUCUUGGAAUGGUCAUCGAUGCUGCAAUCAACGGGUCAUACAUGAAUGCUAUUCAGACUGGGAUAUUUGAUGUUGUCGGCAUGAAAAGCUCCUCGUUCAAUGGUUUUGUCCAGUCUUUCCCCGAAAUCGGCUUCGUUCCUGUUGGAGAGACGACCUGGAACGCUACAUUGGGUGUCUUCGAGAGUGCUGGUGGGAUGUUCUCUAGCACCUCGGAUCUCAUCGCUUUCGGCGAAGGGGUCCUCAGCAACCGCUUCCUGAGCCCGCGCCGCACGCGUGAAUGGAUGAAACCGCGAAGCCAUACCUCUUCCUGGGGCUAUUCAGUCGGCGCACCAUGGGAGAUUGUUCGGAGCGACCAUAUUACGGCCGACGGCCGUAUAGUUGACUUGUAUACCAAAAGCGGCGACCUGGGCCUCUAUCACGGCUUCCUUGGACUGAUUCCCGAUUAUGACCUUUCGCUUGCGGUCCUUGCUGCAGGUGCCGAAGUUAGCGCAGAAGCGACUGCUGAGAUCUUCAGCACCAUUGUCGAGGGUUUGGUUCCAGUGAUUGAUGAGGCAGGGCGAGCUGAGGCAUCAGCCAGAAAGGGGGGUUUCGUGGGUACAUACUCAGAUGAAACGACAAAUUCGAGCCUUCUCCUGAGCAUUGACGCGGGAAACACUCUCGUCAUCAAGCGAUUCAUCGUCCGAGACUUUGACGUUCUUCAUCACCCGGAUCUGUACAGUCUGGAUGCUCUUUCUCUCGGCGAGGGAUCUCUUCCUGAAAGUUCCUACGUCGACGCUCGGCUAUAUCCAACCAAUCUCGUUGGGCAAACACAUGAUGGCACCAAGAAAAGGUCAUGGCGAGCGGUUUAUGAGACCAGGACUGCCAAAGAACAGUCUGCUCAGGACGCCAGGCUGGUUGCAAAGGAUGGUAGCUGCCAGUCAUGGUUCCAGCUGGAUCGAGCCGCGUAUGACUUCCACAGCAUAGGUGAUUUCAUUUUCAGUUAUGGAAAAGGUGAUGAGGUGGAGGGUAUUACUAAUGCCGCUUUCAACAUAACACUUUUUAGGAGUAGUUGA